ACCAGGCCUUCCGGCCCUGGUCCCUGCUUGGCUUGGGCCUUUGUGCAGCUGCCGGCGGGCCCAGAACCAGCUGUUUGUUGACGUUGCGGACCAGAGACCUGUAGCCCAUUUGCCUCGAUAUCAUCUGCACAUCUCCAGGGUCUGGCGAGGCACAGGGGCGGCGGCGGCGAUGCCGGACCCCGCGGCGCACCUGCCCUUCUUCUACGGCAGCAUCUCGCGCGCUGAGGCCGAGGAGCACCUGAAGCUGGCUGGCAUGGCCGACGGGCUCUUCCUGCUGCGCCAGUGCCUGCGCUCGCUGGGCGGCUACGUGCUCUCGCUCGUGCACGAUGUGCGCUUCCACCACUUCCCCAUCGAGCGCCAGCUCAACGGCACUUACGCCAUCGCCGGCGGUAAGGCGCACUGCGGCCCCGCCGAGCUCUGCGAGUUCUACUCGCGCGACCCGGACGGGCUGCCCUGCAACCUGCGCAAGCCAUGCAACCGGCCGUCGGGACUCGAGCCGCAGCCUGGGGUCUUCGACUGCCUGCGCGACGCCAUGGUGCGCGACUACGUGCGCCAGACCUGGAAGCUGGAGGGCGAGGCCCUGGAGCAGGCCAUCAUCAGCCAGGCUCCCCAGGUGGAGAAGCUCAUUGCCACAACAGCUCACGAGCGGAUGCCCUGGUACCACAGCAGCCUGACGCGCGAGGAGGCAGAGCGCAAACUCUAUUCGGGCUCCCAGACUGACGGUUGAGACCCCGGAAGGAGCAGGGCACUUACGCACUGUCCCUGAUCUAUGGGAAAGCUGUGUACCACUACCUCAUCAGCCAGGACAAGGCGGGCAAAUACUGUAUCCCUGAGGGGACUAAGUUUGACACGCUCUGGCAGCUGGUGGAGUACCUGAAGCUGAAGGCGGAUGGGCUCAUCUACUGCCUGAAGGA